AUGAAUUUAAGUGAAUUAAAUAUAUGCGGAGGAUGUCUCUCCGUUGACCGUAACUUGGUGAACUUCAACGAAGAUACGUUCAAGUUAUUUCGUGUUUUAUUAGGAACGGACUACAAUGAAGUUAAAUUAUGCUGGGAAUGUGCAGCUUAUUUGAAGAGGUUCCUCAAAUUCAAGCAACAGCUUAAACGAGCACAUCAAAUGCUAUCUCAAUUAGUAUUAAGCAACAUACAACCUCUUUCGAGCUUAAAAAUAAUGAAAUGUGAUAAUGUAAAGGAAUUUUCGUACAAUUAUGAAAUAGCAUUCGUUAAAAUGGAAGAUCACGAUAACUUUAAUGGUGUCAACGAAUUUGAUAUUGAUUUGCUCAAAUCAGAACCAAAUGAAGCCUUGACAAUGAAUGAUGAAGAAUUCAACGAUUCAGAUGAUGAACCUUUAAAGAUGAAACAAACGGCAAGAAAGAAAAAGAAAGGGCAAGUAAAAAGGAAACAAGAAGAAUUAGUUAUUGUGAACAACGCCAGGGUCGAUAAGAAGUUGAAACAGUUGAAUAUUGGAAAUGAACAUAUAGAGAUGAUUGUACUUACGUGGGAUGAGGUCCGUCGCCAGCGCGCCCGCGCCCUCAGCAGCCCUUCGUUCACGAGACACGAGUACAAGUGUUACGACUGCGUGCUCGGGUUUAAUCACCGAUGUAAACUGGAACAACAUAUGAUGAAACAUUACGAGGAGUCCGGGUCGUGUGUGUGCAGUCUGUGUAGUGUGAGGUGUAAAGACGAACGAGCUUUAGCGGCUCACGAGAGGCGACAUAGAGUAAGAUGGCGUUGUCGUUUAUGCGGCGGCACUUGGUCCCGAGCGGCUGUGUGUGCCGACCACGCGGCCAGGGAACAUUACGCGCCAACACCCACACACACGUGCGGCAAAUGUGGACACACGGAGACGUCGUUAGGCAAGCUACGUAACCACAUAAAGACUCACACUGAAAGACAGAAGUGUGAAUUAUGUGAGAAGACAUUCAGUGACCGGACCUCACUCAAAACACACCUCUUCAUACAUAAAGGAGAGAAAGAGUACUCGUGCCCGCGAUGUGAGAAGAAGUUCCUGUUUAAAAAGGCCAUGGAGAUACAUUUGAUCACUCACGAUGCGCCUGCGCACCUCUACUGCUAUAAAUGCGACAUGAAUUUCAAGAACCAGAUGUCGUUCAACCAACACAUGAAAUACAACUUGAAACACAUCGACCCGGCGAAACUUAAAACAGUAUCCUGGCAUUUCAGAUACGCGUGUAAGCUGUGUGAUAAGAAGUUUGUUAAAGCUACCCGCCUUGAAGAACAUAACUUGGCCGUUCAUUUAAAGAUGACGCCCAUUAAAUGUACGGUCACUGGAUGUAGCUUUAGCAACAAAUCCUUAGAAGGUCAUCUUCGUAGUCAUUCUGGUUCUCGUCCGCUACACUGUACUUUUUGCCCGGCUUCGUUCGCAUACGACGCGGCUCUCUACAACCACACGAGACUUGUACACAGAGACACACAGCCCACACAAGCUGUUGAACCAGACCGACUAACCUCCGACCAGACAAAGAUACAACAAUAA